AUGUUUAACCAUCACCAGGACAAGAACUCCACCACUCAGAUCUCAUCUUCAGAGAUCACUCCUACUCAACCUCGACAGGAAGGGAAGCUGGCUCUUCUCCCCACCGAGAUUCUUCUCCAGAUCCUAAAUGAGACUGAAGUAACAGAGAAGACGCCACCGCAGUCUCCAACAAACUCUGAGUUUGAAGAGAUCCAGAUUCUAGCAGAGUCUCCAACGCACUCCCACUUUGCAGAGCUCAAGACUCCAGAGAAAGUUGCUGUGUGCAUGAACAUUCUCUCAGCUCGAGACAUGAGGAACCUUGCCUUGGCUUCUUCCAGCUUUUUUUAUCGUGUCUGCCCCUCGUUCUAUCUUGCGAAUAACUGUUAUGCCUUUCGCUCCGCUCUUGAGCACACUGAUCUCGAUGCAAUGAAACGGUGUGCUAAGUUUGGAGCAGCACCGGACACGCACUGGGAUUUGGAAAAAGAGUGCAAAUGCAAAGGCCAUAAAGGACAUCUGGUUCACCUACCCAUUGAUUGUCUCUUAGAAUCAGUCAAGAAUGGCUCGGUACCUAUCAGCAAGUCUAUUGAGGCUCUGCAAUGGCUCCUGGACAAUGGGUACAGCGCCUUUGAACAAACGCCACACCUUAAGAAGAACUUGGAACUACCAGGAGGUGGUCUUGGUCUGGAGCGACAGAGUGAAGCGGAAUUGAGUGCUCAGUUGAAGACUUUGAGCAUGCCCGAAAUUUUGAUUCUUACUCUCGACAAGAGCACUGGCGACAGGGACCGCACCGAAGGGAUUUGUGAGAUGAUUGACAUGCUUCUCCACCAUGGAUAUCUCAUCCCUUACAACCUCAACGUCUACGAGACUCAUCGGGGUAGUGAUUCAGAUGAUAUCUAUACUCCAAUGAACGCGGCCAUGAAGCCACAAUGCCCACCUCGUUUCCUUGGAGUUCUGCUCGAACUCUACAAACGACACGAUGGCCACAACCAACGGAGAGGAGAUGAUGGCCACAACCGAACACUAAACGGGUGCCCUGAAAGCAUGGCCAGCUGGGUAGGCUGGUCGCUGGUUGAUGAACAAUCCUUUCACUUUGUGCACCGGAAGUGGAAGCACCGGCCCAACUUAGGUGCAUUAGCUAGGAACCUUUUUCUUGCCGUACUGGAUACGACACAGGACUGGAAAGAAGCAUACAACGGCGAAAUUGCUGAUAUCUUUGAAGAAAAGAUAAAGCUUCUGGAGAAGUACAAUUUCAUCGACGACACCGAAACGCAAGCGUUGCAAGGCAUCCUUGAAGCUCUGCAAUGUAUCGCCGCCAUGGCAGAGUCACUUGGGGGUUUAGACAGGGCUCGUGACGGAAAGAAGUGCUGGCAGUUGAUCUGCGAUCCUCUCCGUCUUGUCUUCUAUGAUCUCGUAGACGAUUACGACUCUCCACCACGAGUCCAUCACUUUGAGUUUGAGUAUUCCUGGCACCCAUGGAUCAUGUUCUAUGAGGAAGAGUAUUUACAGCAGCGGGAUAUCUCUGCAGAGCAGUAUCCUUACCCGUGGAUCAAAAAAGGGAGCUUGUGGAAGCAGAAGGAUGGAAAAGUGAUAGAUGAGAACUUUAUAUCUAUGACACGUGGGCUCCGGUGGUGGUACGAGUUUGACUACGAUGCGUUUCUUGAGAGGAUUUCACAGAAAUGGAUACAGUCUGAGAAAGAGUUGGAAGAGUCGCAAGCACGAAAACGUCAACAACAAGAGGCGACUGAAGCGUAA